AUGACAACCGUCUGUACAACCCCUAACUCGCCGCCCGAGCUAUCCGGGUCCAAAUCCUCCAAAUCCUCCUCGUUUCGCUCCUCGUCGCAACUAUCAGCCCCGGAUGGCAUCUUAACUGAUAUUUCCAACUUCGAAGAGAUCGGUCUGGAAGACGAUGCAGAUUUGUGUUAUAAGGAGACUGCGUACGGGCGACCUGCUGGGCUGUCGCGAUCUUCAACGGCCAGGCUGCAAGCCAAAUCCCCCGUUACCACGACACGCGACCUAACGGCAACCCCCAAAUCGAACAAAACUCCCUAUCCGCCUCUACAAAAACAGGUCAACGGCACCUUAAGUCUUCAAACUCGGGGUGGCUCUAAACCUAAGACUGGGGGCAAGCGUGAUUUGAAUAGCACUACAACUUCCUCAUUGCACCCUUCCAAGCCUCACCGUUCGCGCUCCACGUCGCCGCUGCGGCCGUCGUCCGCCCUAGGCUCGUCGCCCACCAACAGCCUGUCUUUGUCGCCCGUCAGUGCCCGGCCUCCUCUCAACCGCAAACAAUCAUGGCAGCCGAAUCGCAAGUCUCUCAGAGAGUUAGAAGAGGAAUAUCAUGAUUCUGAUGAGGAUCUACCGGAGGAUGCAAGUCUUUGGAAUGUGCCCAUUUCUCCUCGGCCCAUGCAAGAUCGCGCCCCGUCUCGGGGGACAAGUCCCGAUGGCCGAAGUCCAGGCCCCCGGCCUUUGCCAUUGUCGCACUCGGUCUCGGAAACAUCUGUUCCUCUGUCUCCCGGUGCUAAGUCUCCCCGUGCAUCUCGUUCCGGCCGACACAACCUGCGGUCGACCUCUGCAGGACCUAAGAGUGGUCAGAUCUCCCCGCGAAACCCCCGCGUCUACUCAUACAAUAGCAUGAUGUCCGAUUUGUCGGAGGAAGCAAAAAUCAUCACGGAGGCGCUGGAGUUUCAUGCCGAUGAACAUGAUCGCAAGCGCGGGGACAACCUACAAAGUGGCCUGUCAUCGAUGCGGUCGAGCACAGACUCCAAGCGGGGGUCCAGAGGCCCCAUCGAACUGCCUCCUCUGCAAAAGUCCAACAUAAUGAUAGACCCCUUGCCGAUCAGCAAGGAGAAGGAGAAAGUCUUGACACGGACACGGCCCAGCUGGCUUCCUCCGAAAGACCAAAAGGAGGAAAAGAAACAUCUGAAGGAAUACAAGCAGAUGAUGGCCCAAUCCCGCGAAGCAGAUAAGCGUCGGGCCGCGAAGGCCGCUUCGGCGAAAUGCGAAAAAGAUAAUACCCGGGAGGCCCUGCAGAACAUCUGGGAUGACUACGUAUAUCCGAACUGGAAUCGUGCCAUUGGUGAGACCCGUACGCGGGAGCUCUGGUGGCGGGGUGUUCCUCCGAAAAUCAGAGGAUCUACUUGGCAACGUGCCAUUGGCAACGAGCUGGCCCUGUCCGAAGAAACGUACAAAAAGGCGUUGCAACGAGCCAAAGACGUCAAAGCCAAACCCGCCGGGGAUUCCGGUGAGAGUAAUAAAAGGAUGCGGGAGUGGUUUGACACCAUCGAAGCGGACGUGUCAAAGGCGUUCUCAGAUCUGAAUCUCUUUCAAGAAGGCGGCCCGUUGCGUGAUACGUUGAUCGACGUGCUUGAGGCAUACUCCAUGUAUCGUAGCGAUGUGGGCUACAUUAGCGGUCUUCACACCAUUGCCGCCCUUCUUGUCCUCCAAUUCCCGUCGCCUGCAUCCGCAUUCCUGGCCAUGGCCAAUGCCCUUAAUCGACCGCUUGCCGUGGCCUUUCUCACCUUGGAUCGUGGGGCCAUCGGCCGUACAUAUUCACUAGCGUCUGCGACGCUUCGCUAUAAAUUUCCCCGCCUUGCUAGUCAUCUUCACGAGACACUGCAGCUCACCGAUGAAGAUAUCUGGGAGCCCAUGUUCCGCUCCCUCCUCACAAACGGGCUCGACUUAGAGCGCGUGAGUCGCGUCUGGGACUGCUGGGUGUUCGAGGGGGAUCGCAUAAUGAUCCGCGCGGCAGUCGCGGUUCUCGGCUGCUUGCAGCCACAGCUAUUUGGAAUCACCAGCCCGGACGACCAGGGUCGUCUCACUCUCAAAAAUAUUCUGGGAUGGGGUCCACACCAUACGGGGGCUAAACCAAGGGAGCGUCAUAGCGCUCCAGCAGCUUCUGCCGCUGGAUUUGGCGGCGGACAGUUCGCCAAUACCGGCGAAGGUGACUACUGGAUACUCACCUCUGCAGGUGAUGAGGAUGGAUUCAUGACUGAAGUUCGGGAAGCGGGUAAAGUGCGAAAUUAG